CCUCCGAGAAGAAGCAAACCAGCCCCCCUCCCGGCGAAAGGAAAUGAAGAGGAGGCUCCAUAAGAAAUACUUGGUUUUGAUCCUGGCAUAUUCAGGUUUACUAUUGCUAAUCCCGUACGUGUUAGAUUACCGGGAUAAAUCCGUUCAGGGCGCCAGACAUGGACUGCCGCAGCAACAGCCCAGAUGCCCAGAACUGGAGAACACGGUGGCGCUGCUGUGGGAUAACGGUUACAAAGUCAACGGCAGCGACGCGCCGGAGCACGCCUUCAACCGGAGCCAGUCUCGGAUACACAUCUACUUGCAUGCCACCUGGAGGACUGGCUCGUCGUUUCUGGGGGAGUUGUUCAACCAGCACCCCGAUGUUUUUUACCUGUACGAGCCAAUGUGGCACAUAUGGCAGGCUCUGUACCCGGGGGAUGCGGCCAGUCUCCAGGGCGCAGUGCGGGACAUGAUGAACGCCUUGUACCGCUGCGACUUCUCCGUGCUCAAACUUUACGCCGGCUCGCAAAACAUCACCACGUCGUUCAUAUUCGGCUGGAAAAUGAACAAGGUGAUAUGCUCGGAGCCGCUGUGUGAUGCGCACAAACGCCACGAAAUCGGGCUGGUGAGAGAGGACCAGUGCGUAAAGUGCCAAAAGCGGGACAUCAGGGAGCUGGAGAGGGAGUGUAAAAAAUACCCGGUGAUGGUGAUCAAAGGAGUCCGCGUUUUGGACCUGAGCACGCUGGUUCCUUUGAUGAAAGACCCGGCGAUAAACCUCCAGAUCAUUCAGCUCUUCAGAGACCCGAGGGCCGUGCACAACUCUCGCUUGAAGUCCAAACAGGCGCUGGUGAAGGAGAGCAUCCAGGUGCUGAGGAGCAAGAAGCAGACCGACAAGUACAAGCGGCUACUGGUGCCGAGCAGCAAGAUGAACCGGGCUGAGAGCUACGUCUCCAGCGCCAUGGAGCUCAUCUGCGACAACUGGCUCAGUGACAUGAUGCUGGUGACGAACGCGCCUCCCUGGGUGAGGAGGAACUACCUCCGCAUCCGCUACGAGGACCUGGUCCUGCAUCCCAUGGAGGAGCUCCAGAGGCUGUACCGCUUCUCCAACCUCUCCACCUUCCCCGCCCUGGAGAAGUUUGCGCUGAACAUGACGCACGGUCAUGGGUAUUCGUCAGACAGGCCGUUCCUGAUAUCAUCACGGGAUGCAAAAGAGGCUAUAUUUGCCUGGAGAGAGAGACUCAACGUUGAGCAGAUAAAUCAGGUGGAGGCCUACUGCAGCGAAGUGAUGAGGCAGCUGGGGUAUCAGAAAAACAGCGUGGACAAAGCAACAUGAGGAGGUGCCAUUAGGAAUUCAGGGGCCUGGUUUUCGCGGCUGAGGCAAAAAGGUGGAAUAACAAAACAAGCGGCUGGAAUGUGGUCCACUGGGAGCUCGCAAGCACGGCUCUGGGGUUGUUUUCCUUCAGCAGAGCCGGACCGAUGAACUGGAGAAAAUCCAUGUGGAAAGAGAGCAGCCAAUCACAGACAGAUGAAUUUGACACUCGGAGAAGGCAGCUUUUUUUUUUUUUUUUUUUAACAGUGUUACCUGUUCAACACCAGCAGGGUCUGUGCAGACAGAAGAGAGAGAAGAAGGGAGCGAUAAGGCAGAUUUGUGCUGCCGUUACACUGGCCUGCCUCUAUCCUUCUGUCCAUUUAGUAGCACUAAUCCUCCCACAAAUCCCCUGCAGGCGAGGGCCAUAAAAAGCCAGAGAUGGGUCCUUCUUGGGAGAUGACUGCAGGGUGGCAGCGUCGUGUUCACCUGCGCAACUUAUCCGUCCAGCCUGUGACUAAGCAUGGCAGUAAUCUCCAGCAUUACUGAUACUUAACCGCAUUUGGCUCACUAACAGUGCUGAUCUAGAUGCUUUGAAAGGAGAAACUCCUGUGUUUUCUAGAAAAGAGGCCUGACUGAGGAACUAUUGUUCCACCCCCGGCCUCUCAGGAAUCCAGACAGCUGCAGCCGCCCCACUGACAAAACACUCACAUGGGUGUGAAAUUUUCUAAUGUCCCUCGGACGUGUCUUGGAGAGCUGCCUCUGUCCUCUGCCGGCGAACUUUUUAGCAAGUUUCCUCAAACGCGACAGACGGUACUGAUUCAUAUUGUGCACCAUUCUUACUGUUUUUAGUUUUUGUCUGAAAUACUGUAAAAUGCUGUGACAUCCCUCUGGUUCCCGACGCAUUGAAGAGGGGUGAAACGUUUACCAGCAUCCACGUGUUCAACUUUAGAAGUUGGUUCUGUUAUAAUUGUUGUGGGUGAAACACCUGAAGAAGUUCUCUUGUCAAAGAAAGAAAUAACUUUGAGACUAUUUAAACUGACUGCAAUAAA